CUCUAAUGACCAUGGAUCCAAAUACUGCCAACCCCAGAAUAGUUUUGUCUGCAGAUGGAACCCAGGUCUCCACCACUGAUAGCCCUCUUCAGGUCCAGGACAGCCCCGGAAGGUUUGACGUGUCUCUCGCCGUUCUGGGUUCAACUGGUUACUCAAGCGGCAGACAUUACUGGGAGGUGAACGUCGCUGGAAAGAGCUGUUUUCACAUCGGGAUGGCCAGCCAAUCCUCUACAAGGAAGGGGUUGUUAUCAUUCAAUCCAACGAGAGGUUUCUGGACCGUAGUCCUGAACAAACAGGGUGAGCUGAGAGCUCUUGAUAAGAGACCGGCUACUAUUCGAGCUAGAACUCCAACGCUUACACUGGGUAUCCUGCUGGACUACAAAAAGGGACAGAUUUCUUUCUAUGAUGCUGGUACCAGAUCUCACUUAUACACCUUUUCAGGUCAGGCCUUUACCGACAAAAUCUAUCCAUUUAUUAAUUACUGCGUAGAGGAUGGUGCAAAUCCUACUCCAAUAGUUUUGGUUCAACCCGGAUCAACUGACUGGAUAAAAUAAGUUUGAUGUAAUCGCUUUUCUAAAACGUGUCUCAGUUACUAACAUUUAAGUAACAGAUUACUCUCCAAAGUCAAUGAGUGUGUUUUAUGCUUUUUGUAUGAUUGGUUCAGAACAAUAAACAUAUAUAGCAACGCAA